AUGUAAAAUUUGAAAUAAUAUAUACAAUACAAAUAAAUUCGUGAUGAAGGCGCAACAGGCUUAGGUUCUGGUUUAGCAAACUGCAUUAAUCUCUCAAAUUUGAAACUUGAACUUAGGAAUAAUGAAAUUGGUCCAAUGGGUGCAUCAGGCAUAGGUUCUGGUUUAGCAAAUUGCAUUAAUCUCUUAAAUUUGUCUCUUGAGCUUCAUGCAAAUUAAAUUGGUGAUGAAGGUGCAUCAGGCUUAGGUUCUGAUUUAGCAAAUUGCAUUAAUCUCUCAAAUUUAACACUUAAGCUUAGUGACAAUUAAAUUGGUGAUGAAGGUGCAUCAGGGUUAGGUUCUGGUUUAGCAAAUUGUAUUAAUCUCUCAAAUUUGACACUUGAGCUUAGAUACAAUAAAAUUGGUGCAAUGGGUGCAUCAGAUUUAGGUUCUGCUUUAGCAAAUUGUAUUAAUCUCUCAAAUUUGAGGCUUAACAUUUCAUACAAUAAAAUUGGUGCAAUGGGUGCAUCAGGUUUAGGUUCUGCUUUAGCAAAUUGUAUUAAUCUCUCAAAUUUGAGGCUUGACAUUUCAAUGAAUAAAAUUGGUUCAAUGGCUGCAUCAGGUUUAGGUUCUAGUUUAGCAAAUUGUAUUAAUCUCUCAAAUUUGAUGCUUGACAUUUCCGACAAUUAAAUUAAUGCAAUGGGUUCAUCAGGCUUAGGUUCUGCUUUAGUAAAUUGCAUUAAUCUCUCAAAUUUGACACUUAAGCUUAGUGACAAUUAAAUUGAUGAUGAAGGUGCAUCAGGGUUUAGGUUCUGGUUUAGCAAAUUGCAUUAAUCUUUCAAAUUUGAAACUUGA